AUGACGUUUAUAAAUAUUAACGUCCAGUUCAUGUUCAUUAUUUUAAAGAUAUCGAAACAAAGCGAUUAUAUCGCACAACAAUCGGUAAUAUAUCAUCGACCCCAACAAAUAUUUCCUGGUGUUCGUUCGCGCUCGUUCGCUCAAUGUAGAUCCAGCGUAAUGCGAUCGGUACUAGUACUCGCAUACGUGAAAACAGUGUUCCUUCGACGAGGAAAGAUCGCGGGCACGCGCGCGCUUAAGAGAAAGAGAGCGGUAGUGUAUAUGAGAGAGAGAAAGAUAGGGUGACGAUGACAGGGAUAGGAGAGAAAGGGAAGAAGGGAGAGUAAAGAGAGUUCGGGGAAACAACCCCGGUAGCUGAGACACCAAAGGGUGUAGCGUGAUUCUGAUUUCUUGAUAUCCUUUUCGCUGACACGUUUAUUCGACCAAACUUAUCAAAGGACCUGGCAAUGGAUGCGAGCAAGAUCGGCAAGGACAAGGGAAAGAAUGGCAAGGACGGUGAGACAAGCGAAGAGACUAACAAGGUAGCAGGAGGACCCCCAGCAACCAAUGCACCACCACCGCCAACGUUAAUUAAUAAGAUUAAAUAUCAACCUGGUGGUCCUGUAAUAAAAAAGGAUAAACGGCAAAGUAGCUCAAGAUUCAACAUAUCGAAAAAUCGAGAACUUCAGAAAUUACCGCUUUUAUCCGAAACACAACAAGGAAACGAGAGGGAGGAACUUUUCAUACAGAAGCUACGACAAUGUUGCGUGCUUUUCGACUUCGAGUCCGAUCCGUUAUCGGACUUGAAAUGGAAAGAAGUGAAGCGUACCGCUUUGCACGAGAUGGUCGAGUACGUUUCCAAGAACAAAAACGUUAUCACAGAGGCGAUAUAUCCCGAAGCUGUGAACAUGUUCGCGGUAAAUUUAUUCCGUACACUUCCUCCGUCGUCGAAUCCAAACGGAGCAGAGUUCGACCCAGAGGAGGAUGAACCGACAUUGGAAGCGGCAUGGCCUCACUUGCAGCUGGUGUAUGAGUUCUUCCUGCGGUUGUUAGAGUCCCAAGAUUUCCAACCCACCAUUGCCAGACGAUACAUAGACCAAAAGUUCGUAUUGCAACUUUUGGAGCUAUUCGAUUCGGAGGAUCCGCGAGAAAGAGAUUUCCUGAAGACAACGCUCCAUAGGAUUUACGGGAAAUUCUUAGGGUUGAGAGCGUAUAUCAGGAAGCAAAUAAACAACGUUUUUUAUCGAUUUAUAUACGAGACAGAACAUCAUAAUGGUAUCGCCGAACUUUUAGAGAUUUUGGGAAGUAUAAUUAAUGGAUUCGCUUUGCCACUCAAAGAAGAGCACAAAAUAUUUCUGUUAAAAGUGCUUUUGCCGUUGCACAAAGCUAAAUCGCUUUCCGUGUAUCAUCCGCAGUUGGCGUAUUGUGUUGUGCAAUUUUUAGAGAAGGAUCCAUCGUUGACUGAACCGGUUAUCAGAAGCUUGUUAAAGUUCUGGCCGAAGACACAUUCCCCGAAAGAAGUGAUGUUUUUGAACGAACUCGAAGAAAUUCUAGACGUGAUUGAACCUGCCGAAUUCCAGAAAGUUAUGGACCCAUUGUUUAGGCAGUUAGCAAAAUGUGUUUCGUCUCCACAUUUUCAGGUGGCCGAAAGAGCUCUCUAUUACUGGAACAACGAAUAUAUAAUGUCCCUUAUAUCGGACAAUUAUUCCGUCAUUUUACCGAUCAUGUAUCCAGCUUUUUACAGAAAUUCGCGAAAUCAUUGGAACAAAACCAUACAUGGUUUGAUUUACAACGCGUUAAAACUUUUCAUGGAAAUGAAUCAGAAAGUAUUCGACGAAUGUACUCAACAGUAUUAUCAAGACCGUCAAAGAGAAAGGAAGCUCAUGAAGGACAGGGAUGAAGCAUGGAUGCGCGUCGAAGCUUUAGCAAUGAAACAUCCAAAUUAUAACGCAACCAUAAAGGGCAUAACAAACACCACAUCUACGAUACCGCAGCAACAGUUAGAUAGUCCCCCGCCAGACGAAGAUGGCGAUCCGGAUCAGACUCCGCUUACAUUGGAAAAAAUAGAAGCAAAGGCAAACGAGGCAAAAAAAAUGACCACCUCCAAUAAAACAAAGCCACUUUUGCGAAGGAAAAGCGACUUACCUCAAGACACGUACACGAUGCGGGCAUUGUCCGAUCACAAACGCGCGGAUGAGUAUCUUGUUACGCCACCGGAUUCUAAUAAUUGCUAGUCUCUACCGCAAUCACUUUCCAUGUACCCUCUCUUUUGCUGCAGUGAUAUUGGGAGUUAGCUUUUUCGAAGAAAACGAAAAGUAAACAGCAAUGAGUCGGAUCUAAUCGAUCAAACGUUCGAUCGUGACAUCGUUCGACGACGAUUGUCUACCAGAGAGUUUGAUCGUAUAGAAAUCAUAAUGUCGUAAUUAUUCCCCGUCCCCUUUCCUUAUGUCGGAACUGUCGAGUUGUACAAUAAUAUCAUAUUCUUUGUACGGUUGCGAAAAAAGCUUUCUCUCAUUGCACACAGCACUUCUCGGAAGAUGUAUCCGUGUCCGUAGUAAUCUAUAAAAGGAAAAAAAAACAUACAGGUUACUUCCUAUAUACUCUUCGAGUUGAUUUAUAUAAGGUAUCGCGAGAAUUAUGCAGAUAGUUACAUAUUCGCUAUUAAAAAAAUCAAGAGAAUGUGAAUGAAACCUAGAUAAAUAAGGGUCCUAAGUAUAUAUACAUAUAUACACACAUACAGAGUAUUUUAUAAAUUGUAGAUUUCUUGCGUAUGGAGAAAUCUAUCGCUGACAAUAAGACAGUUUUUCUCAUUGAUAAAUAAUUAAGUCAACGUACGGUGUUUGAAGUUGAAGUUAACAACAAAAGGUUUGUUCACGAUUGGUUGUUUUCAGAAAGUUGUCUUGCUUUUAGCGGAGGAUUCUCUUCAUAUUCAUAGGAAUUUAUGGUUUAUUAAACACCUGCUAUGCAGGGUGAUUCUGGUGGUUGAUCCAAUCUAUUGAUCCAAUCUAUCGAUAAUGAAAUUUUUUUUAGAGAAAAAUUUUUUACGAUUUAGUUAGUAUUAUUAAUAUUUUAUAGAUUCUUUUUAAUGAAUUUAUCGGAUUCUUUCUACGAAAAAAAAGGACAGUGGAUAAAGAUUUAUCUUCGUUCGCAAUAGGAUUAUAACUAGUUUCGAUUGUUAGAAUCAUCCUGUGUACAUACUCUAAAAUAAAAAGAAAUUUUAUACGAAUUCAAAAGUGGUCAGAAAAGAAUGGCCGCGUGCUUGAUGUUGUAAUAAAAGAAGAAUUUUAGUAUGCAAAUUCGAGGCGCUACUCUUCUGAGCGAGGUUUCCACUGACGCGCAAACGGCAGACAUUAAUCACACGAGUGAUAUAUAGUUGCUUCAACGCUACCAGUUCAUCAUUUAGCAGCAAAUAAACAAACAAAAAGAACACAAAAAAAAUCACAAAAAAAUUUGCUAAAAGAAGUGAAAACGUCGUUUUUAGAGUUAGAUCAACGUGAUAGCACUAUUUUAGAAUAUCGAUUGUUAUAAAUCUGAAUAUUCCUGAACGUACUACUUUUAUAUCUGUCGUGCCUAGAUGCCUGUGGAACGCAUUCGCAAGAAUCGCCUCUACCAGAGGCCUAUAAUUAAGAGUCGUUAAAAGAAAAAAAAAGUAACAAACAAAGCAACGAGUUUUACGUGACGUUACCGAAUAGUAUAAAUUGACAUCAUGAAUUUUUCCAGGAAUGCUUAUACGUACGUUACGUCGUUGCCUCGUAAGAUUUUGCGGUUAUUUCAAAGAAAGAAAGAAAAAGAAGUUAUAUACUAGUUUGUCGCUGACAAAAAUGAAAAAAUAAAAAAAAGGAAUGCGAAGCAUAGAAACAAAUGAUGAAGAUUAAAAAAAGAGAAGAGCGAACAAAAUGAAAUAUCUUUAGUCUUUGCGCUGCUGGCAGGCUGUUAUAUUAAUCAUUGUAAGGGAUGAACUUGUUGAGAAUAGAUACGAUUAGCACGUAUUAUUAAAUGACGGAAAUUAAAACCAAAUGAGAUAAAUAUUAAAAAAAAAAAAAGAUUAUUUACUAUUUAAUCGUCCCAUCGAAAAAGAAGAGAAUGGCUGUUUUUGUUACGGAAACCAUUCGCGAUAUAAGUACUCAUGUCGAUAAUAUGCUUUUAUUAUUAUCAAGUACAGUGUAAUCUCGAUGGGCCUCGUGAGCGUAAAUCUUGAAAAAGAUUUACAACGACGAAAAAAACUGUACCUUUCUAGCGAGAAAUAUUUAACAAUAAAAAACAGUAUUUUUAUUAAAACUCUUCUGUUCGAGUAGCUUGCAUUAUUUAAUAGGAUACCUCUAGAUAAGCGUAACAAGGACUUAAAUUAUCCGUGUAAACUAUUCGCUUACUUAACGUUUUGUUCGAUAAUUCUCUUUUUUAUUCGUUAUUUAGUUGCAAUUCUGUGGAUUAGUAUGGGUUAUCGGGAUUACAUUGUAUGUUUCAAUUGUUGAAGUCAAUCGUAAAAAGAGAGAAAAGAAAUAGUAGAUAAUAAUAUUCGAGAAGGAGAGAAGCGUCUCUCCGAUAAUGCAUGUUUCAAGGUAUCGUCUUUUACUGCGUCUAUUCUUUCACACGUAUCACUUAAGAUAUAUUUUUGGAGUUUGUAAAUUUCAUAAAUAGGUCAGAAACUCCAUCGAUCUUGUCGUGCUUGAAACUUCAGAAGACUGUUACUGGCUCAUCGUUGGUCGAGUAUUAUGGAAUGCCUUCGACUUCCGUGUUUGCGCUCCGUGCCAGGCUUAAAAAGGGAAGCGUGUAAAGCGAGAGAAAAGAUUAAAAAAAAAACAAACAGACAAUGAAAUUUGAUUUCAUUCGAUGCGUAGAUUGUUUCCUUGUAAUACACGUAUGGGUUACCUCGAGUAAGAAAAGUUAAGCGAAGAAUGAACGAAGAUUUUUAUUAUGUAAGGGAGAACAAGGAUUUCGACUCCAAGAGAAGAUUCUCGGCAGCUUGAAACUCGUAGAAAUGUUCUUUGCUCUUCCUUAUAUAAACGUUUAUUUGACCAUCCGUUCGACGGAGAAAGAUAAAAUGUUAAAUAAAGAAAAAGAAGAUCCACCUGUACAGUGAUUCGCUUCGAACCUAAAAAAAGAUUAAAGAACUGUAUAUCAAUGUUCAAU